UGAGCAUGUGUGCAAAAGCAGAACCUAAACCUCUACUAGAGGACGCACGCAAGCCCACAGUAGUUCUAAUAUAGUGAGCUGAGCCUCCAUAUCCGACAGUAGCAUUGAUCAAGAUGGCGCGGUCCGGUAAAGGUCCCGGUCGGCCGCGAAGCAAAGGUCGCCCAACGGCAGAACAGAAGCGAGACAGAGAACGUCGUGCCGCGAAGAAAGACCGCAGCGCAACCUCCGAUGCCGGAAAAAAAACGCCGAUGAAAGUAAAAGGAGCACAAGCUACAACAGCCAUGAAGAAAGUUAUCCAAUGAAAAAAACUCUGUUUGCCGUGUCUUAAAGAUAUACCAAACCGACUUGUUUCGCGAACGUCGUGUUAGCCAAUACGCAUGCUUAGUCACCCAACUACACUGCAGCCGACCCAUGAUUCGCCUGCUUCGGGUUUUAUGUGGACAUGCUUGUUUUCACUUGCCGCAAGAUUUUCAUUUUUCCAUUGGAUAGAAAUGAUGAAAGCCGUCGUGAUGAAAAUGUCGCCGGGCGUCAAAGCAGCUACAGCGAAGGAGACCCUCGCAAAAGCAAUCAAACGCGGGGCGGAUGAGGUGAAGAAGGCUGCGAAACAAGUAACUGCCCCCGCAAAAGAAACUAUGAAGAAGACGGCCACGAAGGUCACGGCCGCGAUGAAAACAGCCGGUACAAAAAUAUCUGCCCCGGCAAUAGCAGCAAUAAAGAACACGGCUACGAAAGUCACAACUGCGAUGAAAGCAGCCGCGAGGCAAGUAACUGCUCCCACGACAGCGGCGAAAAUCCAGAACGGUAUAGUAGCGGUUUCAGAGCAGUCAGGGGGUGCGAAGAGUACUUCCAUGAAGAAAUCGACAUCCACAUCAAAGGGUAGUACCGACAAGGCUAUCUCAAAAAAGCGCAACCAGUCCGCCACGGGUAGCAACGACAACCAUGGCAUCGAGGCCAAGGAACUCGGGGACGACGACCUGGAAGCACAAACAGGUCAGAAUCAAAACCAAAAAUACGCAUCACUGUUUUCCUCUUCUGUUCUAAACUAACAACAUGUAGUGUCUUCAACAUGGUAUCAAGGCUACGGCGCCAAGUCGUGAGGCGUUGUGCUUAUGCGAACUCGGCAAAAACGAAUAAAUUACAUAAAUUACAACAAAGGUGCUGACACCAACAUCACGUGCAGUGCGUACCACCUCGCAAUCGCUGCCAUCGCGGUUUUCAUCGUAGGAGCCGGUGCCAUGUGUAUCAACGGGUGCACGAAGGAGUUCACAGUUUCGCUUGUGGCUGAUGCCAUUCUGUGAUGCAGCCUGAUAGAUGAUCCACGGUAUGCGUUGCACACAUGUCUGGGUCUGGUGGAAGAAUGGAAUUUGCAAAUGCGUUUGUUGUAUUCCUGGAACCGAAAUGUCCAGCAAAGCAGAAAUUCCGAAAUUCCUUUGUCAUGCAAAAACACAAUUUGUAGUGCGUGCUAGGCAUAAGAGGGCGUCUCGAAAACUUGGCACGCCUGGCUCACAGGGCACGGGCUUCAAUCAUCCGCAAUUCAGCAUCAAAGUUUUCAGACCCAGACAUGUUUGCAAUUGAUCCAGGGUCGUCUUUGCAUAUUUUCCAUAUCGUGGUCUUCUUCGACUAGAACUGAUUGCUAUCAAAAGUAAAAAUGUCUGGGUCUGGAAACUUGUGAUGCUGGGUGGCCUCUCAUGAUGAGGCUACAAAUGCUGGCUCAGCAUGACAAGUUUCUGAGCUCCUAGGUGUUGCCUAUUCUGCAUGACAAACUGCGCUUCUGCAUUACAGAAAAACGGAGCUCUUGGGUAACGUGCAUGACAGAUUUAAAGAGCCAUGCCAGACAAGCAUGACAAACAUGAAUUCUUCCAGACCCAGACAUUUUUGCAGUUGAUAAUUGUGGCCUGGGUGCAAUUUAGAACGGGGUCUCAUAGAAGUUCACUGGCUUUUGUUUCUUUGGAGCAAGUUCUGAUAGAUACUGGUUUCGUGGCGCACUUUACAAGAACCAAAAAUUGUGCUCCGCACCUUUCCUUGUUACAAUCAAUGUAGCAACAUUCUCCGCCACCGACAACGUUCGUACUAGAAUCUGUAGCAGCGCAAUUACAUAAAAGCGCUCAUCAAAAAUUUCCUUUUGCUAUUGUGGCUCGUAUGGUUUCCUUUUUCAUGCAACAAUUACACGACUUUGAUCUGCCUCAAAUUCUUAAGGUCCGGGAAAAGGGAACGGAGCAGAAGCCGCUGCACGGCAGAAUUUCCAAGUGUAUCCAGGGUGUACUCGUAGGUUGAUGGUAGGAUAUGGAUACCAUAGCAGAACUACAAUAGUUGCAUGUAAAACAACUGCGUCUUUGUCUGUUUGUUCAGCUUUGAACGGCAAACGCAGGUGCCGUUGCGCGACAGGCAGUUUUCGUGUGGAAGUAAUAGUUGCAUCCUCGGAAGCUAGCAAACCCUUUUUUGUAGUUCCUGGAUUCUCUUCCGAAGGCAAAUAAGGAGGUGAGCAGGUGGCUGGAUGCCAAACCAGAGGACGGCGCAGACGAACACGAAGAGCUAUCGUACGUAAAUAAUGCAGUACAACCAUACAAGGUGAGAGUUUGCAAUGACUCCGCAGUAGGAUUUUGUUUCAUAUUUCUAGACCGUAAUUUAAAUUUUGCUUUCUGUUGUGACUGUGACCAAAAGAUUUGAUUGCACGGCACGAGUAGGUUUGCGUGUGAUAGCAGGAACUGGAGGAUUCCGAAAAAACGGAACCGGAGGAGGUGGGCGGCGAGGCGGACAAGGAAGGCGAAGAGGAUUGAAAUAUCCAUGGUCAAGUCGAGAGAGAAAAGCCGAUGCAUCAUUUAUCGUGUGUUGGUGGCGCGUCGUCGACCUCACAAACGUACCAACAUCGUUCAUAAUUAAGGGCUUCACACGAAAAUCGCUGUGCUUGGGAAAGAAAAAUAAAACAAAAAAACGGAUGCUGCCGUUAGUUAGCCGACCUUGACCAGGAUGUUUUUUCCGUACGAUACCACCUGCGUGUCCGGGAGGAAAGGGCCAGAAAAGACAAGCACGAAAGCGCCUUUUUCGUACUACAGAUCAAAGCUCACUGACAGCACAACUAUUGGACCACCAUAGUGCCACUGUAAGAUAAUAAUCACUCAUGUUUCAAUCUCGGAUAAUGAUGUGCUCCAUCCAGUAGUCCUCACGAACGCGAGACGUUUCUACUCAGCUGCUGCUGGUCACUUAGACCAUCCGUGGCCAUGCUAAGUAUUGUUUAAAGUCCGAAAAGAAAUAGUCUUUACUUACAAAUUAUUUUGCGCGAGUAGUAGUACCCACUCGCCGUGGUCUAUGGUAUAUUCAAAUUCGAGCUGCAAGUGAUGAGCUUCUCUCAGGCCCUGCAGAAGGCCCACAUCUAACGAAUAUGGUGGAGAUUGUUUUGACCAUGCUCUUCUUGUCCUAGGAGCUUUGCACAUAAUCAAGGUUGGUUCAUGAAUGUUGUGCUCCGUGUACGUCCAAACGUUGAUCACAUUCAAAUUGCACAGAGACAGAACGUGCAUCAACAUGCAUAGAGCGAUA